UGUGUCCUUGCGGCCGGCAGCCCCUUCUUUCAGGAUAAGCUGCUGCUGGGUCACUCUGAAAUCUCUGUGCCGCCGCUAGUGCCCGCGGAGACCGUGAAGCAGCUCCUGGAGGCGCUGCGCACGCAGCGCCGCGCGUUGGUGGUGCUGCAGUCUCAGGCCCUUUGCAUCCUCACUGCUGCCAGUAUUCUGCAAAUCAAGACGGUCAUCGAUGAGUGCACGCAGAUCAUCUCUCAGAGGCCAGCCGCCGCCGCAGCUGCUGCGGCAGCAGCGGGAGGAGCCAUGCUGGGAGGCGUUUUGCCCAAACAGGAGGAGCGUGGCGGGGGCAAAGGUCGGGAGAGUGGCGGCGGAAGCUGCUCUGUCGGCGGAGGAAGUGGAGGUUACGCAAACUUCCCUAACUUUAUGGCUGAGUGUGGAACGAGCAACAUGGGUGCGGGAAUGGGCGGUGCCAGCGUUAGCGUCAGCGAGAGCGGGCAAGGACAGAUGGAGCAAGGAAACGCCGUCAGUCUGAUGACGUUGAGUGACAUAGGUGCCGGUGCCAUGUGCGGCGACGGGAUGGGCUCCGGGGCGGGUGGCAUCCUCAUGAAACAGAGUCCGAGCUGCACUCAGGAUGUCAGGUACAAGCUCCGGGACCUGUUGGUACAGACGGCCAAUGGCGCCAACACCAGCAGCACAGGGAACCUGUCAGCCAGCUGCAGCUCCGGCGUGGCUAGCGUGGACAGCAUUGGCAGGGGCAACACCACUGACCUCUCGGACGACCUGGUGGGCAUGGAGCGGUACAGCGAGGAGGAGGAGCUGGACGGUAGAGAGCGGGGGAGAGAUGGAGACAGAGACAGGGGGGCGAGCCACAGCCGCAAGCAGAGGCAGCCGCUAAGACUCCAGGUGCUGGGAGGAGACGGCGUGGUGGUGAAAGAUGAAGGUGUUCAGGACACAGACGGGACCGUCUAUGCCUUGGAGGAAGGGAGACGAGAAGGCGAGCAGGAAGCCUCCCAGGAAACCAUGGCGGGCUUUGGCCAGGAUUUCUACGAUGAGCAGGGAGUGUUUUCUGAGAGUUUCUGGCCCCAGAGUGAGCCUCCCCGCACCAUGGCCUUCAACCCCAGAGGACGGGUCAACAAGCCUCUGACUCCACCCCCCACCACCCAGUCCAUCAACAACCAGCUUCUGUUCCAGUAUCCGGUCAGCCAAUCACAGCAAGCCCCAUUUUAUGUAGGUGGCCACAUGGGUGCAAUCGACAGCAUGGCACCAACCGAACAUGGCACCCCUCAGCCGGCGCCGCCCCCGGCACCGAUGACCCCGGCCCCGCCUCCCUCCUCAUCCUCAUGCUCGGCGGGCCCCUCCCCUUCCUCCCAGGGAUCGGAAACCUCGUUCGACUGCACGCACUGUGGCAAAUCUCUACGUUCAAGGAAGAACUACAGCAAGCACAUGUUCAUCCACUCUGGUCAGAAACCUCAUCAGUGCUCCAUCUGCUGGCGCUCCUUCUCCCUGCGCGACUACCUCCUCAAACACAUGGUGGUGCACACCGGCGUCAGGGCCUUCCAGUGCUCCAUGUGCGGCAAGCGCUUCACCCAGAAAAGCUCCCUCAACGUGCACAUGCGCACCCACCGUGCCGAGCGCACAUUCCAGUGCAACGUGUGCCACCGGGCCUUCACCCACCGCACCUUGCUGGAGCGCCACGCCCUACAGCACGCCCACCACAACCCCCAGGCCGACGGCCAAGGCCAGGGGCGUGGAGCCGACAUGACCUCACCGACCAAGCACAGUCCUCCGGCUCUCGGAGGGCCCUCAGGUAUGGCGGGCGCCGCUGGUAUGGUUGGCGGCAUGGCCAACAUGUCCAAUCAUGGAGCGACCUCCACUUAGAGAACAGAGAGGAAGAGGUUAGAGCGAGAUACGGGGGAGGAUGGGGGAGGUCGGAGAACCCAUCAGCCUUGUUGAUCUUUUGCUCUGGUGGGAACAGCACUUACGUAGAGGUUCCGUUGUUUUAGCUCGACACCAUCUUCAGUCAGGGUUCCUACACACGGCUGGACGGCCUUCUGAUCUUUGAGAGAAAAAAAAA